AUGUAUUGCUGUAUAUCAUCUGGAUAUUCUGAAGGAUAUCCAAUUUAUUGCUGGAAAAAAGACAAAUGCGACACUAUUCAGAGGGCCUACGGUAUUGACACGGACUCUGAUGGUCGGUUGUGGGUGCUUGAUGAUGGUGGCAGCCAAUGUCCAGGAAAACUUUGGAUAUUCGACCUUCUCAACAACGAUACAAUCGAGCGCGUGCACCAGUUCCCGGACGCAGUCGUCUCUCAUUCAUUUUCUAAUAGGUACCUGCGUGAUAUUGCGCUGGACAAAACGCCAGAAGAUUCCCUUGCGUACAUCACGGACCUUUCCUUUGAGCACAUCGUCGUUUACAGCCGGAAAUUGGACAAAUCCUGGUCGGUUAAAACACCAGGCAGAAAAUGGGAAUCCUUGGCCCUCUCUACCAACAGGGAAGCGAGGCAGUUGUACCUUAGAGGAUUCGAAUCCAAAGAACUGCAUUCAGUGUCUGUGUCUGUGCUGAAGAAUGAAGGCGUUGGAAGCAUUUCUGUGAAAUUAGUCGGCGAAUGGACUGGAAGCCCCUACAGAAUGGUAAUCGACGGUGCCAACGUCUUGUUUGCCGCCUUUACCGAACAGAGUUACGCCUCCAAAUGGAAUAUUUCGGAGCCCUUUCGGGAACAGCGAUUCCACGAGGUUGGGGAACUGGAUGCUUAUUGGCCAUUUACUUUUGCCUUGGACACGAAUGACACUUUAUGGGUGACGCAGAGAAUUGAAAUUGAGGCUGAGAAUAAGACUAGGCAUAAACUACUCAAGGCUGCUGUCGGCGCAAGAUCGAAUUUAUUCAGCACAUCCACAGGUGGAUAAAACCCUGGAGCACUUUUCAUUGCAUUGCGUGGCUGACCCUGAGGAUGAGAAGAAUGCAAACCUCUUUCAGGCACAUUUCGAUGGACAGCUUAGUUUUCCUGGACAACAAACAUUUUUCUAAUUUGUUCUAUUUUAAGUGUGGGUUAAUUAAAAAAGAAAAUAGAGAUGAUUAUAACGCUUUAUGGUUUUUUAACAUAAAAA